AUGCCUUCCUCCAACUCACUCCGGUUCGACGACCGUGUUGUCAUUAUUACUGGCUCUGGUCGUGGCCUAGGCCGCCAACAUGCCCUUCUACUCGGAAGUCUUGGCGCGUCUGUAGUAGUCAACAGCACUACCUCUACUACAGCCCAGGCAACCGUUGAUGACAUUAUCAAAGCAGGCGGAAAGGCUACGGCUUGGGUUGGCUCCGUCUCGGAUGAUUCAGUCGCCCAAGCCUUAGUCAAAACGGCUAUUGACACUUUUGGCCGCAUUGAUAUCAUCAUCAACAACGCUGGAACCUUUGAUCCCACGCCGUUUGAGCAAAUAACUGGAGCUCUCUUUCGAGAGAUGCUAUCUGUUCACGUAGAAGGAUCGUACAAUCUUACCCAUGCAGCCUGGCCUCACAUGCAGAAGCAAAACUAUGGCCGUGUGGUGAUGAUUACGUCGCACACCAUUUUUGGAAUGGCUGGAUCUGCGGCGUAUGCGGCUGCCAAACUUGCCCUCGUUGGCAUGGCCAAAACGCUUGCCAUUGAAGGAGAGCCCCAUGGAAUUCUAGUCAACUCGGUGGCAACGACAGGAUUCACCGACACGGUUCAGAAGAACACCCCCGACGCCGGAAUGCAAUCAUUCAUGGAGGCGAACUUGCCGGCCGAAGACCCAGCGCGGGCAGUGGCGUGGCUUGUCCACCAGGAUUGCAAGGUUAAUGGAGAAGUUAUCGGUGCUCAGGGCCGUGUUGUUAGUCGCAUCUUCUUAGGUGAGACUGAGGGCUUCCAAGGAUCGCGCGAUGGGGAGUGGAAUGCAGAGAGCAUUCGAGACAACUGGGCCCAAAUCGUUAGUGAUAAGGACUACGUUGUUCCUACGGAUACUAAUCAUCUCGGAGGGUUGCUCUUCCAGAGGCUUUCUGGCGCAUCAGCUAAGUAG